GCAACGCUCACAACACAACAAUCAGAUCCGUCCGUCUGCUCGAGUCCAGCCGAGUCGAGUUGCACUUGCUCCCCACUCCCCUCCCCUUCGCCGGCCGAGUCAAUCUGCUCUCCUCUCCCCCACCACAUGGCGGCGGCGGCGGCGACGGUGGCGGCGACGGCCGCGGACGACGAGGCGCGGCUGCUGCGGCUCGAGGAGCAGGCGGAGCACGGCGGCGGCGGCGCCUGGGAGUACCUCUGCCUCGCCCGCAGGCUCCGCGCGCGCCGCCCGGACCACGUCCUCCGCCUCGGCCUCGCCCUCCUCAACGAUUCCUCCGCCCGCUCCCGCCUCGCCUCAGAACAGUGGACGCUCUAUGAGCAGGUGGCAGCGGCUGCCAUGGAUUGCCAGCGUCUCGAUGUGGCAAAGGAUUGUAUUGGAGUACUCUCCAAGCAGUUUCCUGGCAGCAUGCGGGUUGGUCGGCUGGAAGCACUGCUGUUUGAAGCAAAGGGUGAAUGGGCUGAUGCUGAAAGGGCCUAUGCGCUUAUCCUUGAAAACAAUCCGUUUGAUCAGAUUGUCCACAAGAGAAAAAUUGCUAUUGCAAAAGCACAGGGUGACAUGGCAUUAGCUGUGGAGUAUCUCAACAAGUAUCUGGAACUAUUUAUGGCAGAUCACGAUGCUUGGAGAGAACUUGCUGAAACAUAUGUUGCCUUACAAAUGUACAAACAAGCUCUCUUUUGUUAUGAGGAGCUAAUAUUGGCCCAACCAACUGUUCCACUCUAUCAUCUAGCUUAUGCUGAGGUUCUGUAUACUAUGGGUGGUUUGGAAAACCUUCAAACAGCCAGAAAAUAUUAUGCAUCCACAAUACAGUUGACUGGAGGCAAGAAUACAAGAGCCCUCUUUGGUGUAUGUUUGUGUAGCUCAGCAAUCAGUCAACUGACCAAAGGGAGGAAUAAGGAGGAAGAAAGCUCAGAGCUGCAGAGCCUAGCUGCUGAGGCACUAUUGAAGGAAUACAAGCAGCGAGCACCAUCUAAGGAGGCACUUAUCACCAACCUGUUGAAGAACAUGAAACUCUCCUGAUCCUGCCCUCCACUCAUGUUUUUUUUUAGCUUGUGGCAUAUUGCAGCUAGUCAGCGACUCAGUGGCGCCACGAUGGCAGUUUGCCAAAAAUCAAUUCAUAGCAGUAUAAUGCUUGUUUUUUUUCCUGAUGGCACCAAAAAAUGUAAAACUUAUGUAAGAUGCUUCCAUGAGUUGUACAAUACCUGUUUUGAUUAUUUAGAAAUAUGUGUUCAUCAUCGUGUUUUAGUUUGAAGCUGUAUUUAAGAUCAAUAAAAUCUCCCCUUGUAACUUCAGGAUAGACAGUUUUGAAAUAAGACCUUGAGAAAGCUAUACCCUGUUGCUAACUUGCUAGAGCUUGUCCAGUCAUAAUGCUGUACUCCUUCAACAAUCAAGAUGCUAUCCA